UGGAGGAUUUCGUAUAUCAGCUUUGUAAAAAUUCCCCCUGGAGUUUCUUCGUAAACGUCAAGGUCGCGGAGAUAUAUUGUUCUUAGGAAAGUUACUACAAUAAAUUCAAACUUAUCAUUUCCAAAGUAUUUUUAAUACGAACAGACGUUUUUGGUAGUAAAUAUCAAUAUGACAAUGUAUUAAACAUCAGCAAACCAGCUUCUCGUAUCCACUUGUUCCAGAAUAUCGAAAUAGAAUUACCGAUACACUUAAUUAUUAUCAUUAGCAGCUUAUUAUGCAAAUAUGUUUUACUGUACAAAGUAUGUUUUGUUUAACUUUUCUUAUGCGUAGAUGAAGCACAGAAGACUGUAUGAUCUCCUCAAAAUCUAUCUGGUGAAGGAUCAGUGAUUAUUUCAGUUUUGAACUGCAUAAAAGUGUUCACAUUCGGUAAAAUUAGACUUUGUCAAAUCAAACGGAAGUAUUGCUGAAUUUAGUGCGUUUGCAGUCAAAAUGUCAAGGAAAAAUAAAAUCUCCACUAGGUGAAUGGUUGUUUUUUCUUCAAGUUCAACAUUAUUUCUUGCAUCAGAUGGAAUCAAAGAAUAUGAAAGCUGCUCUAUUAUUACAGUUGCAUGAUGUAGUCUGAAUUCAUAAUUUAUAUUCAAUAAUGUUUUACUUUAUCUUGUGCAUUUUCCGCCUCGAUCCGUCCAGUCGAUGCAAUCUACUCCUCACAUCAUGAAGACAAUAGCUGGCCUCUGGAAAACGGUUAGAUACUACAAACACGAUUCGGACUUCUUCUUACUGGUGGAUUUUCUUGUUGAUAUAUGUGGAUACUACCCACCGAAAUGGAACCCUUUUGCAUUGUUCGCCUGGAGGAUUUUAAAAGUUGGCCAAUUGAUACAGUAUACAUUCUACGGUUAUCACUGCUAUCUAUCGGCUGCCAAGUGGCGCAACAUUCUUUACUUCUCACUGAACAUCAAUCUUUUUGUCGGUCUGUCGGUGGGAUUAUUCAGAGGUCUCGCUCUAGCUUACUACCAUGAUGAUUUGGUUAGGCUAAAGCACUUCAUGAACUCAAGAAAUUGUGGAAAAGAUGACGCCAAAGCAAACUACUCACGGAAACUACACUUCUGGGCCAACAAUCGUUUGGUCUUGAUUGGUUCGACGAUAUUGGUGCUAAAUGCGAUCCACUGGUGCUUGACAACAGCCUUCACCGAGGAUCUGUUCCAGAUCCCGUUUUCGUUGGAAUUUCUACCAAGCUCGGUGGCAAAUGUCAUUAUCUAUUACUACUCGUUCCAGAUGCUGAUCCAAAAUCUUGGAUAUUGGCAGAGCUUCUUUCAGUUUGGAUUGAUGCUGUCGUUGUUGAAAAAUGAACUCUUGAUACUUUCGGAUUAUUUUGAAUCAGUAUACGAUCGAGCUUUUCAGGUCUGCUGUGAUAACGAUCUUGAGUUGAAAUACGAGGACAGUUCGACAGCUUCGAAAAUGUGGGUAGCUAUUAGAACAGACUUUAUACGAGCAGCUGCUUAUCACAGUGACUACAUUGACCAUAUAAAUCUACUCAAGAAAGUUACGUACAUUAGUUUUCUCGUACUCUUGUCGGCCACUGCUAUUUUCGUAACUCUCAAUAGUUUCCUGUGCGUAAUUGAUUUCUCCAGUGAUGCUUUGGGAUUGUUGGUGUUUGGAUCUAUAUGUGGAAUGGAAUGUUUCUUCAUAUGCCGAUUUCUGGAUGAGCUGGAUGAAAUCAACCAGGACCUUGGCAUGAAAGCGUACGCUAUGGAUUGGAUGACCAGCAUUACGGUGCCACGUAGGAACAUGGAAGAUUAUCGCAUCGUCAAGCGCACCGCUCUCAUUGUGCAAGCUCAAGCUCAACAGGGGUUUGGUUUUCGUGCCGGUGGAAUGUUUGACAUGAAUUUGGAAAUGUUUAUGCAAAUUAUGAAAAUGUGCUACUCGCUGAUCACCUUUUUGAUGCAAACACAGGAAUCGGAAUAAUGGGUUUGACUUUGGCCGAUUAACCGGGGAUGGAAUCAUAACUAUAAAAACACAAGAAAUCAAAGAAAAUUAAGAGGAUCAAGUAGGGUAUUGUACCAUUUGGGCAGGUUUAUCUAUUUUGAGCACUUGUCGCUAUAACUAAGUCAAUUUCAAACCGAAUGAUUUGAAUUUUGUACAGAGUUAGAUACUGUACGUGCCUAACCCCGUAACGUGGGUAGAUCACCUUAGAAUGGUGCGUUGCGGUGUAAGAUCUACGAAUUCAAAUUUUGAUCUUGAUAUUAGCCGUAUUUUUAAAUAUUUCAAGAUCAAAGUUUGGUGCUCUUUCCUUGUGUUUUGAAGUAUUUGUGUUUCAAUGUACUGCUAAAUUACAUUUUAUUUCAGCAAGAUUCAGGUAAAUGUAUCGUACGAUAUAAAUAAUAUUUUAAAAAUAUGUAACUGUGGCGAGCGUAUCACUAAUAUGUAGCUUAUUUGACGUACGAUGUUAAUAUUAUUUUAUAUUUCAGAUUAUCAACCGAAGAAUCUAGUAAUUCAACCAAAUGCCAACAAUAUGACGAGAAAACCAGGAUGAAUUGGGCAUACAACUGAUUCGAAGCAGUCUAACAAUGGUGUGCCUGAACGUUAACCAAGCGUAUCCUUUGGAGUUUACCCUUCCACUAACAACACCCUAAUUCCCGUGACACCUAGGCCUGAGAGAUCGUAGAGUUGUCUACAUUUUUCAUAGGUGUCCAAAACUAACCAUCCUUUCCCAUUCCUCAGCAGUCGCAAGGACGUGGCCAGGACAGUGCUCGACCAUUGGAGGAUUGCGUCAGUCUUGUCUAAGAGUCAGAGAUUAGUCCCAAAUCUUUGUGCUUUGGUUCGGACGGGAAGGAUGCAACCCUCAUAACAGCGGUCUAGGACUGUACCACCUACGAAUUUGUGCGACUCGCUUAAUGCUAAUGCUAAUGCUAAUGCUAGUUAGAUACUGUACGUGCCUAACUCUGGACAAAAUUUCAAAUCAAUCGGUUUGAAAUUGACUUAGUAAUAGCGGCAAGUGCCCAAAAAAGGUACACCUGCCCAAAUGGUACAAGACCCUAGGUAUCACACGUGCACUCUAAAUUGAAACAGAAAAUCUAUGUUUACAAUAAUAUGUUUUGCACAGUAGCAGAAUAAAUUUGAUUAGCACUGCAGAGAAUCUGCCUGUUCAUUAUCGUAGACUUUUUUUUCUCGUGGGCUAUAAGUCCUGUCUAGUCCUGAAAAUGAUAGGUCGUCCGUAGCGAGUUUGAUUAAUUUUCCUACAUUUCCAUCUAGAAACACAGGGUACACAGGGUCAAAUAUUUGACAAGGAAAGAACUCAAGAAACAGCAUCUGUUUCACACUAACGAAAAUUUGAUCGAGUUAAACAAGGUGUUUGAUCAUUGGUUUUUUUUUCCUCCCCUGUUGGGGAAAUUAAGCCACUGCGUCCAAUAGGCUGAACUUUUGUGGCAUGUCCCGUUUUGAUAUUCGCAUCUAGCCAGCUAAUUACCAUGUGUCAAGUAAUCAGCUACUGCCACGACGCGUCGUCUCCCAGUCAGGUGCAAUGGAAUUAAUAAACUCCAAGACCUUUCCAGGUUUUGCAGACCAGAUCUCACUGGGUUGCAAGCAACCACUAUUUAGAAAUCUUUGCCUGCGCGUGUAUAAAGCACCACAACUGCAAAGCAGAUGUUCCGAGGUUUCACGUUCCGUAUUACAGAAACGACAGAUAUCACUCUGAAUAUGGCCAAUAUUUUUCAAGUGAUACCUGCUCGGGCAGUGUCCAGUUACUAGGCCAGUGUAUGUACAUAGAGCUCUCUUGUUGAGCUCUAAGAGCUUUUUGGUUUUAUAAGCAUUUGGUGUUAUAAAUCGUUUUGACUGAUUGCAAUUUUUGUCGUCCAUCCAAUUGGAUAUCACCCUCUGCUCAGCCCAGCGUUUCAGGUCCAUUUUAAUUGUACAGUUUGAAAUACCACAGAAUGGUUCUGGGCCAGCAAACUGUAAAUUGGAACCACUUUUAGCAAGCUCGUCUGCCAUUUCAUUCCCUUCAAUGCCACAGUGACCUGGAACCCAGUAUAAGUUUACUGAAUUCCCUUGGAACAGCCUGCGCAGUGAAAGAAUGCAUUCCCAGACAAGCUUUGAAGUGCAUUUGUAAGCGCACAAUGCUUUUAGUGCAGCUUGACUAUCUGAGAAAAUACAAAUAUUUGCAUAUCUGUAUUUUCUCUCAAGGCAGAUAUUUGCGCAUUUCAAAAUAGCAAGAAUCUCUGCUUGAAACACCGUAGGAUAGUGUCCCAUCGCCACUGAAAUUUGUAUUCCAGGGCCGUAGAUUCCUGCUCCCGUUUUUAUUCCAACUUUUGAGCCAUCUGUAAAGAAUUUGAUUGACCCUUGACGAACAGUGGGACCUCCGACUUCCCAAUCUGCACGAGUUGUUUCGUGCAACUUGUAAGGAACAUCAUGGUUCUCCACAGGUUUCAUCCAGUCUUUAAUCAUUUUCAUUACUGGCCUAUUUUGGAAGUAUUGUGAAAUGCUCAGGUGACCUACAAGAUCACCUGGCAUAAACUUUUCAACUCGUUCAAGUCUCAGCAAUUCCUUUUCUGCUUCUAAUUGCACGUACUCGUGCAAAGGUAGCAGAUUGAGAAUCGCAUCUAAAGCUUUUGAUGGUGUGCUUCGCAUCGCUCCUGUAACAGCAAUGGACGCAAGACGUUGAAUUUUCGCAAGCUUUGAUUGCGUGGUAGCCUCUUUUGUUUUUGGCCACCAGACAAACGAAGCAUACGUCACUUUUGGGCGUAUUAUGGCAGUAUAAAUCCACAUUAUCAUUUUUGGUUUCAAGCCCCACUUCCUGCCAAUAGUUUUGGAGCAUAACCAGAACGCACUUGUUGCCUUACCGAUCACGGACUCAAUUUGAGCAUUCCAGUUCAGUUUAGCAUCCAGUAUCAAACCUAAGUAUUUGACUCGAUCACUAGGAUGAAUUUGUAUCCCUCCAAGCCGAAAAGCUUUUAGGUUGAUCUUCCUUCUCCUAGUGAAAGGGACAAUUACGACUUUUGACGGGUUGAUGCUAAGGCCCUCCUUAAUACACCAUGAAUGUGUAUAGUUUAGAGCCCUUUGCAUUCUCUCCGUAACAGUUUCGUCAUACUUUCCUCUCACUAUUAUGACUAUAUCGUCUGCAAAGCCCACAACUUCGAA